AUGAGUGACUUAUCAAGGGAGGAUUUUAGUAAUACGCUUCGAAUACUUGUUGCUACGGAUUGCCAUCUGGGCUAUAUGGAGAAGGAUGAAAUACGGCGGCAUGAUUCUUUCCAGGCAUUUGAUGAGAUAUGCUCAAUAGCAGAACAAAAGAAUGUGGAUUAUGUGCUUCUCGGUGGUGAUUUGUUCCAUGAGAAUAAGCCCUCAAGGUCAACUCUAGUUAAGGCCAUUGAGAUUCUUCGCCGUCAUUGCAUGAGUGAUCGGCCAGUGCAGUUCCAAGUUGUUAGCGACCAGACUGUGAAUUUUGCAAAUACAUUUGGCCAUGUAAAUUAUGAAGAUCCUCACUUCAAUGUUGGCUUGCCAGUGUUUAGUAUUCAUGGAAAUCAUGAUGAUCCUGCUGGAGUGGAUAAUCUCUCCGCUGUUGAUAUUCUCUCAGCCUGCAAUCUUGUAAACUAUUUUGGGAAAAUGGUUCUUGGGGGUUCUGGUGUUGGUCAGAUCACUGUGUAUCCUAUCCUUAUGAGGAAGGGUGCAACAGCUGUGGCUCUCUAUGGUCUUGGGAACAUCAGAGAUGAGAGACUCAAUAGAAUGUUUCAGACACCACAUGCUGUACAAUGGAUGAGACCUGAAUCUCAAGACGGGUUUGUCUCAGAGAGAGAGAGAGAGAGAGAGAGAGAGAGAUUUGGUUUUAAACCUUAUGUUAGUGAAGACAAACCCAAAAAUGCCAUAAAUGAGCACUUUUUACCACGUUUUCUGGACUUUGUGGUGUGGGGGCACGAACAUGAAUGCCUUGUGGACCCUCAGGAAGUUCCAGGGAUGGGAUUUCACAUUACACAACCUGGUUCUUCAGUUGCAACAUCUCUGAUUGAUGGAGAAUCAAAGCCAAAGCAUGUGCUACUUUUAGAAAUUAAGGGGAAUCAAUAUCGUCCAACCAAGAUUCCUUUGACGUCAGUGAGGCCUUUUGAGUACACAGAGAUUGUAUUGAAGGAUGAACCUGAAAUUGAUCCCAAUGAUCAAAAUUCAAUUCUUGAACACUUAGACAAAGUGGUCCACUCUCUGAUAGAGAAAUGUAGAAAAAAUGUUGUUAGCCAAUCACGGCUCCAACUUCCAUUAGUCCGCAUAAAGGUAGACUAUUCUGGGUUUAUGACAAUAAAUCCUCAAAGAUUUGGACAGAAGUAUGUGGGGAAGGUUGCAAAUCCACAAGACAUUCUUAUAUUUUCAAAGGCUUCAACAAAGAGCCGGAGCGAAGCCAAAAUUGAUGAUUCUGAACGGCUUCGCCCAGAAGAAUUAAAUCAGCAAAACAUAGAGGCUUUAGUUGCCGAAAACAAUCUGAAAAUGGAGAUCCUUCCUGUCAAUGAUUUGGAUGUUGCAUUACAUAAUUUUGUUAGUAAGGAUGACAAGAUGGCUUUCUAUUCUUGCCUGAAAUACAAUCUUGAAGAAACUCGAAACAAAAUUUCUAAGGAUCCAGACACUGUGACAUUUAAAGAGCAAGAUUUGGUCCUAAAAGUUGGAGAGUGCUUGCAGGAACGUGUCAAGGAAAGGUCUACUCACUCUAAGAAUAAUUCUCCAUUCACCUCAACUGCUCCAUCUUGGGAGGAUUUCAGAAGUACAAGUGCUGCAGGAACUGCAAGUGCAGUUUCCUUCAGUGAUGAUGAAGAUACAACACAGAUGACGGGCUUAAAAUCCACUUCCAGAGGCCGCAAGGGCCCAUCCAAGCCGUCUUCUUCAGAAGUUGGCAAAGGUAAAACUUCUACAAGAGGAAGGGGAAGGGGUGGGGUAGGGGUAGGGGCUCCAGUAACUUGA